CGACCACACAAAAACAACGGGAAGAAGAGGACCGAGUGGACAACGGGAAAGCGGAAGCACAACUGUUUUUACAGUGAUGGACUAUAAUUUAAAUAACAUAUUAGGUCAAACGAUUGCGAGUUUUUAAGCUCAAGCUGUGAUUUCUUUUAUAUUGGAAUUUAAAAGUUAAAUGUCGUGUUUUACUCAGGACGAGCUACCUUAACCAGGACUGAGAACAAGGCGACAGUUACGAGAGCAAUGUCUGCAAAAAUAAACACACCUAAAAGUAAAGACAACGCUGAGCUAAUUAAAAACCACCAUAAACAGGCGUUUGAGUACAUAUCGAAGGCGUUAAAGAUCGACGAAGAUGAUAAAGGAGAAAAGGGGGAGGCUGUACAGUGGUACAAGAGAGGAAUUGCUGAGCUUGAGAGGGGUAUUGCAGUAGAGCUCACUGGACAAGGGGAUCAAUAUGCUCGAUCGAAGAGACUCCAAGAUAAGAUGGUUUCUAAUCUGACCAUGGCAAAAGACAGGCUUGCUCUGAUAGAGACCACGUUGGCAUCUAAAAAGAGAGGUGGUCCUCAACAAUCCUCAAAUCAGCCCUCAAUGUCAGGUGCAUCCUCUAAAUGUAAGACCCCUGCUGCUGUUAGAUCCCCAACAAGACCCCCAGAACCAAAGGUGACCCCCCGGAUUGGAAAGCCCCCGAAUGGAAAACCUGCAGCUGCAAAACAACCUCCAAAAAGGGAUAUGAAAAACUUCAAGAAUGUAGACAGUAAACUGGCCAACUUGAUUCUUAAUGAAGUUGUUGACAGGGGGGGAUCUGUAUCCUUUGAAGAUGUCGCAGGUCAGGACCUGGCUAAACAAGCACUCCAAGAAAUUGUCAUCCUUCCUGCCAUUAGACCUGAGCUGUUUACUGGCCUUAGAACACCUGCACGUGGUUUGCUUUUAUUUGGUCCACCUGGAAAUGGAAAAACCAUGCUGGCAAAAGCAGUCGCUGGAGAAUCUAAUGCCACGUUCUUUAACAUUAGUGCUGCCAGUUUGACAUCAAAAUGGGUGGGAGAAGGCGAGAAGCUUGUACGAGCACUGUUUGCAGUAGCCAGAGAGUUACAGCCCUCUGUCAUCUUUAUAGAUGAAGUGGACAGCUUGCUCUGUGAAAGGAAGGAGGGGGAACACGAUGCCUCCCGGCGUUUAAAAACUGAGUUUCUCAUUGAGUUUGAUGGGGUGCAGUCAGGAGGCGAGGACAGGGUGCUGGUAAUGGGAGCAACUAACCGGCCUCAGGAACUUGACGAAGCUGUUUUGAGACGUUUUGCAAAAAGGGUUUAUGUGACGCUGCCAGAUGAGAAGACAAGACUCACACUACUGAAAAACCUUUUGGGAAAACAUGGGAAUCCACUGAGCAAAAAUGAGCUGUCAUCUCUUGCAAAGGCGACUGAAGGAUAUUCAGGAAGCGAUCUGACAUUUUUAGCCAAAGAUGCUGCACUUGGGCCCAUCAGAGAGUUGGGACUGGACCAAGUCCGUAAUAUGCCUGCUAACGAGAUGCGGAACAUUAAGAAGAAAGACUUUGAAGAUUCCCUGAAGCGUGUUAAACCUACAGUUAGUCCAGCAACGCUUUCUAUGUACGCCCAGUGGAACAAAGACUUUGGUGACACAACAGCUUUAUGAGGUUGAUUGUUUGAAAAAUAAGUGACAAUUAUUUUUGCUGUUAACAUUUAAUUAAACUUAAGAAAAAAACCCUGACAGGCUGAUUAAUCUAAAAUAUGUGAAUGUUAUGACAGUUGAAAGCACUAUGGGAUGAUUUCCUGUUUUAUGGAAAGGCUUUAUUAAUGCACUUCCUACUAUUUUCUUGUGUUUCUCCUACUGCACACUGUUCUUGUCUGUAAAAAUGUAUAAUUUAUUCUCAAAAAAGUGUUGAAAUUGUUUUGAAAAUAAGUCAUCCCUGCCUUGCCUAAAAAAAGGAAGAAAGUCUGUGAAGUCUAACUUAUUUUUGCUCACCUUGAUCUACAUCCUUUUAGUUACCUGGUAAAGUCAAUGAACAUGAUGGUAUUUAUCACCAAGUGCUCUUUGAGUGAUCAUAAUUGGGAGAAUUGAUAAAGUUUUUUUCUAUUAGUGUGUGUGUGUGUGUGUAUAGAGAGAGAGAAAGAUGUUCCAUUUGCAUGAUUAGUUCGUAGAUGCAGGAACUUAUAUUUUAUUUGCAAAUUGAAGACCUGAACUGUAAAUAUUUUUGAAUAUUUCUGACAUUUGGUUCACUCCCACAAAAAGCAAUGUCUUUACAUUUUCUCAUCUAUCAAUAAAGUUAUUCAUUAAAGUUUAA